AUGUCAGCCCAAUCAUCAAAAAAGCGAAAAAGAACACCCAACGAUGCACAGUGGUGUCUAAAUCAUGCCAAUACUCUCUCUUUGAAAUCUUUUGCUCUCCAGUUUCAAUUAUGUGACCGUGCAUACUGCAUGGGUCGCUAUCGAACAAUUCUUGACAAGUAUUUUGAGACUGACGCCAAGGAUAUCCUUCUAAACGAACUCAAACAAUGGACCUUUUCUAUCUAUAGUAUUGAUUUUUGGAAGGAACAAACUCGGAAGAAGAUGAUGUCGGAUACCCAUGCUUCAUGCUCAGCUCUUGUCAACCAAAUCAUUAUGGAAGAAAUCCCUUUUAUUGACCACAACAGUAACAACUCCCCUUCUGCUACCACCUCCGCCUCCAACGCAAACACCAAUGAGGACAACACGAGCAACGACAACAAUGCAACCGAUGCGUACAUCAAUUCAGUUUUGCUAUCAUUCACUGCGUCUUUCAACAAUAGCAGCUCCAAUGACUCAUCCAAUAAAUCUAUUUCUUCAUGCGCACUCAAAUCCCGAGUUUUUGGAUUACCUUCAUUACACUCCCUAUGUGACCAUGUUUUCCAUGAUUUGAUGGAAACGAACGACUCUACAAACGACAACCAGCUCACAGACGACGAGUUCAUCACCAUUACACGAACCAUCAAUGGGAUAGAUGCUAAGACAAAAUCAAUAAGGGAAGCCAAGCUGGUUCUUCUUUCACUUUCUGUUCGCAUGACUGGUAACAAGGCCAAUGUUGUGGAAGGAAUCACGAAUCUUCUGACCAAGUUGCCACGGAAUCGACUAUUGAAUUUGGACAAGAUGGGUGAAGUUGAACUGCAAAUGACUUAUUAUGAUGCCUUUUUGUCUGAAAUUAUCGCUGACCAAGACCGAAAUGUAGCAUUGCGAUGGGCGAAUAAAUCAUGUGAAGAGGAAUCUGAUAUUCGACCCGACACGAUCAUCUCAACACUGAUGCAGCACGAUUUUGGUUACCCUGUUGGUUUUGGUGAGGUCAAGCCUGGCAACAGCUCUACAACCAAACAUUCUCUAUGUAUGAAUAUUCUUCGCCUGGGAAUCGCCUCCAAAAGGGCAAUCGAUAAAUGGCACUUGAACGGCUGUCUUGCCUUUAUGAUUGACGGCUUCUACAUCUCCUUCUUUCUUGUCCGCAAACAGCACGAGCACUUAUACACGAUGGUCGAAAUUGCUGCUAUGACUGUUGCCUCUUCUCUGGGGGACCUUCACACUUUUGCCUCUCUCAAGAACCUUGAUACUUUGUCCAAAGUUAGCCGCUAUUUUUGGAAUCAUUGCAAUGUUACUGAACAUCCUAAUGUUGAGUCAAGUGAUACUGAUGACGGCUUUGUGGUCCCCAUUUCCAACUUUUAUGCUCUCAUUGACAAGUCAUGUAACAAGUCCCGCGACAUAUCAUCACGAUAUUGA